AUGAUCAAGAUUUAUGUGAUUUGUGGCCUUUUCUUUGCGACUCUUCCAGUCGGUGCGGAAUGGCAUCUUUCUGGCCGAAUUGUGGUCCCAUCUUUGGACAAUUUCCUUGGAUAUGAGAAAGUUGUAAGUUUUAAGAUUUUUUUGAUUUUUUUGACGUUUAUGACGUAUUUUAUGGGCAAAAAUUGCAUUGAGAUUUCAGAGAGUCCAGUUGAUCUCCGGCGGUAUGAUCUACACAGAGUGUGGAGAAGAGAUCGCUGAUGAGAAUGGGUAUUUUGACAUCACUUGCUCUGCCUUUAACAUUUUUGGAUUCAAACAUCUGGCUGUGUAAGUUUCGUGGGCUGGGACAAGAGGGAGUACAGAGAAUGCGGAGGCGGCCAGGGAAAAGAAACUUUUUCGCCAUACCUUGGCCAGGAAACGUUACUUUCUUUUUAUUUUUUAAUUUACUUUACAAAAAAUUUUAGCUCAAAAUUCGCCAAAGAUCCAAAAUUUUCAUCAAAAAAAAUUAGUUUAUUUUAUUUUUUUAGUCUCCACCGCUUCGAGGGACAUGAAUGCAAGAUGUAUUUUUUCAAAGACAUCUCCCUCGGCGACGACAAAGUCUUCACUUUGACCAAAGACACGAAGAAUAUCAAUGAUGACGAUCAGUGUCCCAAGGAUGUGUAUUAUUAG